GAAAUUCAUUCCGUGGCGUCGUCACUGUCGUCACCACCGCCACCACUAUUGCAGCAGAAGGAACAUGGCGCCUGCUUGGCAAGAGGUGCAGCAUGCCAAAGUUGAAAAACGCUGCGAGCUUGUUCUAUCAGGGCCACCAAUAUCUAAACGAAUCGAAGAAGAAGGUCACUUUGACGCUUCUGUAUUUGCUCUUACCCACUUGAAUUUUCUGGAAGUGAGCCACACUUGCCUUUCGACGCUCCCCGACGGCAUUGCUCGGCUCGUCAACCUCACAAGACUUGUUCUCAGCGCAAACCAGCUCACUCAGGUACCAGCUGAGUUGGGGAGUUUGAAGAAAUUGAAAUUCCUCGACAUUUCAAACAACGGACUUGAGUCAAUUCCCCCUGAGCUUUCUAGGCUCUCCGAGCUUCAGUCCUUUAACGUGUCUUUCAACAAGUUAUCUUUCCUUCCUGACGAUUUUAAAUCGCUGUCGCACUUGAUCGUUUUGAACUUUGCCUGCAACGAAAUAGUAGAUUUUCCUACAUUUCUUACCGAAGGAAAAUUCGAUUUUCUAACUGAAGUAGUUGGAAACAAAAAUUGUAUAGCGUCGUUACCACGAGGAUUAGAAGGAUCACUGCCGGCAUUAAAAGUCUUGGACGUCUCAGCAAACAACAUAAAAGAAGUUCCUGGUGAAAUUGGAGAUUGCCUCAAGUUGAAGGAAAUACACUUGAAGGACAAUCCGAUUAGCGACAAGAGACUUCGGAAACUGGUUGACCAGUGUCACUACAAACAGGUACUAGAAUACAUCAAGAAUCACGGGCCACGUGAUGUUGAGGUUACACAAGACAAAGGGGGUAAAAAGGGAAAGAAGAAGAAGGGCGGUGCCGCAGCCAAUGCAACAGACGUUCAAGCGGUUGCGAACAAGUUUGAAAUCCUGCAGUUGCAAGAUACGAGCCCCGUUGUGGUCGCAACUGAUGAAGUGCACGACGUACGACCGUACGUGGUCUGCUGCAUCCUGCGGAAAGUGCAGCUCGACAAAGAGGGCAUGCUACGAAAGUUCCUCACACUGCAGAAUAAGCUGCACGACACAUUAUGUGCAAAGAGAACGGAAGCAACCAUUGCCACACACGAUCUCUCCAAACUGUCUGGAAAGGUCACCUACAGUGCCAAACCCCCGGAACAAAUAAAGCUCACUCCGCUUGGGAGGACGAAAGAGAUGACGGCACUCGAACUAUAUCAGCAGUUAGCGGAAGAAGCGGAUGCUCUUAGGAAAGAAAAGAAACGAAGCACUUACCCCGGGAUCUACAAGUACUUGUACCUUUUGAAGGACAAGCAAAGGUACCCAUACCUUGCCGAUGACUCUGGUCAAGUUCUGUCCUUCCCGCCAAUCACAAACAGUCAGGGUACACGGAUUUCCGAGGAAACGAGGGACGUCUUUGUUGAAGUGACUGGCAAUAGCCUGCCCUUUUGCAAGAAGGUUAUGGAUGUCCUGCUCAUCGAAUCUCUCAAACUUGGACUGGGUUGUGACGGUGGUGAAGAUGCCCCCCUCCAUUCCUUGGUUGUCGAGAAGGUGAAAAUUGUGGACAAAGAGGGCUCCUUAAGGGUUGUCUACCCUUCAAAAACUGACCUUGUCUGCGAAGGGAUUGCUUUGGAAGUGCACACCACGUAGAACCUUCUGUGCAACUCGGGUUAUUAUUGUAAUGUGUGGGGCCAGUGGCCCUUAGUUGUCAUUUGCAAAUUGAAGUGUGUAAUAAUUUUUUUGUUUUUUGUGCAUUGAAGGCUCGGGGGAAAAAUUACAAAAUGCCACCAUGCCAUCUCUUAUGUUCGUGAAUACUUUGCGCUGGAACAUUUUUAAGGAUGUCUGUCACAUCUUUGUGGUCAAGCACUAGCAAAGAGAUGUCAGUUGUAAUUAAUAGUGAUCGCAUUGAAUGGAAAGGACGAUGCGUCGAAAGGACAUGUCAUGUGGCAGACUUCUAGGACAAUAUUCUGGCAAUGCAUCAAGAAACGUAGGGAUGGAUGUUCUUGUCCUAUGUAAUGUACCCCAGUGAGGAUGCAGGCUUCGUAUGUACCACAAAAGCUGCAAAAAUCGUGUUUUAUUGGUUGUCCAGCUUCUGCACAGAAGAAUACGACAUUACAAAAUG